AUGGAUACUGUCGACGGUGAGAGCAGACGACAGCCCACUAGAGUGUUCAAGAAGCCUAGUAAUAAUGGAAAAAUUACUGUUUACUUAAGCAAACAUGGUGUGGUUUUGAUAGAUCCAGAAUACGUCAAAGAGCGUAAGGUGUUUGGAAAUGUAUUGGCACAUCUACGAUUCGGCCGUGAAGAUCUUGAUGUACUUGGACUGAUCGUAAAACGUGAGCUUCAUCUGGCGACUGAUCAAAUUUAUCCGCCCACAAAUGAAGAACAGCCGCAAAAAUUAACUCGCCUGCAGGAGAGAUUAAUUAAAAAAUUAGGAAAAAAUGCUUAUCCUUUUUAUUUCAAAUUACCACCAAAUAGUCCAGCUUCGGUGACACUACAGCCGGCUAUCUGCGAGCCAGGCAAAGCCUAUGGGGUUGAUUACGAGCUCAUUGUCUUCGUGGGCGAGAAUAAAGACGGCAGACCCCUGAAGCGGAGCACCGUACGGUUGGCGAUAAGAAAAAUAAUGUACGCGCCAUCGCGACAGGGCGAACAGCCAUCAAUAGAAGUAAGCAAAGAGUUCCUUAUGUCUCGAAACAGACUUCAUUUAGAAGCGUCUCUGGACAAAGAGUUGUAUCACCACGGAGAGAACAUCGAAGUAAAUGUUCACAUUGCCAACAACAGUAAUCGAACAGUCAAAAAAAUCAAGGUGUCAGUGAGACAGUUUGCUGAUAUUUACGGUUACUCGUCGUCGCAGUACAAGUGCACAGUUGCCGAGACCGAGAGCGCCAUAGGAGUAGCGCCAGGAUUCACCUUGAGCAAGGUAUUUUUUCUAAAACCAACUCUUGCCGACAACAAGGACAAACGAGGUCUCGCCCUAGAUGGGCAACUUAAGCACGAGGACACCAAUCUCGCAUCUAGUACCAUGGAAGGUUGUACAGUCGGGCCAGGUUUCACAUUGAGCAAAGUUUUUACAGUGGUACCGCGUAUUGCCAACAGCAAAAACAAAUGGGCCUUAGCGUUAGACGGAAAACUUAAACAUCAGGACACCAAUUUAGCGUCUAGUACGCUUAACGUUGAUCCUUCACAACGUGAAAAUCUUGGAGUCAUUGUGCAGUACAAAGUCAAAGUUAAAUUGUGCCUCGGAGCUUUGGGAGGUGAACUUGUGGCAGAAUUACCAUUUAUCUUGAUGCAUCCAAAACCAGAAGAAGAAACUUCAUCGCCAGUAACAGUUCAACCAAGUUCAACAAAUCCAUCUGAAAAUGGAGAAUGCGCUAAUGAUACUAAUCUUAUUCAGUUGGACACUGAAGAUGAUGUUGGUAAUGACGACAUAAUUUUCGAAGAUUUUGCUCGUUUACGACUCAAAGGUGAAACAGAUGCCUGA